CUGAAAAGCAGCAGCAGCAGCAAAAAAAAUUGUUUACUGCCAACUCCACUCUCUCUCAUGCUCAAAUGCUCAUAAAUCGCACUUACUUAGUCUUGUUUUUCAGUUUGUCUGGUGCACAUUUAUUCAUUUGCUAUUGCCCCGUCUCUAUUUUACCUGUGUGUGCGGAGCGCUAUAUAAGUUAAGCAAAUUUUAUUCCGCGUUUGUUUGAUUUUGAUUGUUCAAGUGAAAACAUUGAGUGAGAGAGGAAAAAUAUUUCUUAAGGCACGAUCAAGCAGCAGUCAGAAUUUCCUUAUAAUCCAAAAAAAAGAGUCACUUGAUUUGGAGUUAAUCAAACUGAAGUGAUAAUUACUCCACCAAAAAGAAAUAAGAAGUUUUGUGUGUGAAAUAGCAAAAAAAAAAAUCAAAUAUUAAAUAAUAAUGUUAAUUAAACUGUUACCUGUUUUUCUUCUUACACUGGCCUUGACAGAAUGUGCGAAGCUAAGAAAGACACCAAAAGUUUAUAAUGCUUUAAUUACAACUGAUGAGAAUUUACAGCCAUCGAAAGCUUAUCCAAUUAUUCAGCCUGUUAUUCAACCAGCCAUUCCUGUACUAAGUCCUAUAUAUCCUGUUUAUAGUCAAUAUUUAACGAAUGAUCAUAAGAAUGAAAACCAGCAAGCUGAUCGUAAGCUAGACGAUGUAGAAGUGACGAAUAAUGGAAACUCAGAGAACAAUGAAAAUCAUCAACCAGGAACAGAAAAGCCAAAUUCUGAAGCACUGCCACUCAAUGAAUUUGGACUUCCACCAUCCUUAAUUCCACUCCAAAAGUUCUCAUCAUAUCCAUACAACUUACCUUUCUAUGUCGAUUCCUAUGGAAAUUACCAAACCCUUCAAUAUCCCGUCCUUCCACCAAUUAACUUCUACAAUCAAGAUCAGGAACAUGAACAUCAAUUGCCACCAAUUGAGGAUGCAAUGUUUGAAGUUCGUCCAGACAACAGCCGUAGUGUAAAGUCACCAAAAGAGGAAAGAACAACAACACAACCAAAUGAACAGCCAUCAAAUGAUUCCUUUAAGAAUAAUGCAAAUAAGAACUCAGAAAUACCUGAUAUCAUCCCAGACCUUCCUUACCAUAUUAAAAAGAAUUAAGUAAUUAUUUAUGAAUUGUAAAGUUAUGAUCAUCAUCGUCGACUUAUUUAUUUUUUUUACCGUUAAUUGAUCUUUUUUUUACUUAAUAAAUUUGAAUUUUA